AGAAACAAAACAAGAAAAUAACUAUAAGAAGAAAAAGAAAAAAGAAAAAAGAAAAAAGAAAAACAUGUAACAUAAAAGAUGAGCAAGGGAGGCUAAAAAUAUUUCUGAUGAGGUGACACUAAGUUGGAUGAACGGCGGAGAUUGAAAAUGACAACGAAUUUGGUAAAUGCAAUUGCAUUUGAAGCCUAAUUUUACACGGUAAAGGCCACAAAACCGUUGGUGAGACCCCACAAUGGCCGUUGUUCCAUUUCCACUUCUCGCUCUCUUUUCAAUCUCUUCUUCCUUCAUUCUUCUCAAUUCCAGCUUCCCAAAUUCCACACACUAUUCUCUCAAAUUCCCUUCAAAACCCAGCUCUGAUUUCAAUCCCCUUCCCGACUAUUUUGCCCACAUUUCUCUUUUACGGUCGAUUUUGAGGGUUUUGGGGCAAUUUGGUUUGAGUUGUGAUGUUGUUAUGCGUUUAAUCUGCGCGUUUUAGAGGUGGGGUUUGUGGGAUUUUUGAGAGAAAGAGAAUGUCGAAUCUAUAUGGGGAUUAUAACCAGAAGAUUGAUUAUGUUUUCAAAGUUGUAUUGAUCGGAGAUUCGGCUGUAGGCAAAACCCAACUCCUUGCUCGAUUUUCUCGGAAUGAAUUUAGCGUUGAUUCCAAAGCUACUAUUGGAGUCGAGUUUCAGACUAAAACUCUCGUUAUUGAUCAGAAAACAGUGAAAGCCCAGAUAUGGGAUACUGCGGGACAAGAAAGGUACAGAGCAGUGACAAGUGCAUACUAUAGAGGUGCAGUGGGAGCGAUGCUAGUUUAUGAUAUGACAAAGCGCCAGUCAUUCGAUCACAUGGCAAGGUGGCUGGAGGAACUAAGAGGACAUGCUGAUAAGAAUAUUGUUAUAAUGCUCAUCGGAAACAAAUGCGACUUAGGAAGUCUCCGAGCGGUGCCAACAGAAGAUGCACAAGAAUUUGCUGAAAGAGAGAACCUGUUCUUCAUGGAGACAUCGGCUCUGGAGUCGACAAAUGUGGAAACUGCAUUCUUCACAAUUUUAACAGAGAUUUAUAGGAUAAUCAGCAAGAAAAGUCUUGCAGCUGGGGAAGAGAUAGAUAUUGGUUCAAAUCCAGGGCUGUUUAAAGGGACUAAUAUAGUUGUUCCUGGACAGGACCAAGACUCUGGGAGAAAAGGGUGUUGCUUUGCUUCGUGAAUUUCACAUAAUUCCAUAAUCAUUUCAGUCGUGACAUUGUUUUUCUAUUCCACUUGGAUUUAUACUAAGAAACAUGUAUUAGUAAUUUGUAGAGAGACUGGCCUGAUACCAUGGAUGAAGGAUU